CUCCUCCCCGACAGUGUCCUGUACGAGAUCUUCCUCUACCUGGACCACAUAGACGUGCUCUCGGUGGGGCUUGUGUGCCAGCAGUGGCAUGCUGUGGCCCGCGACGAGUUCCUGUGGAAAGAGCUUUUCUACCGCUACUACCACAUCUCCCGGGAGGUGCCUCGGCACCCAGCUGCUGUCUCCUGGUAUGAUGAGUUCCAAAGGCUCUACGAUACCAUCCCUUGCGUGGAAGUGCAGGCCCUGAAGGAGCACAAUGACCAGGUUUUGCACCUCAGCUUUUCCCAUUCUGGCUGUUUGUUUGCAUCAUGCUCCAAAGACUGUACUGUCAAGAUCUGGAGCAAUGAGCUGGACAUCUCCCUGCAGCACAGCUCCAACAUGAGGCCAUACAACUGGAGCUACACACAGUUCUCCCAGUUCAACUCCGAUGACUCACUCCUCCUGGUGUCUGGUGUCUUUGUGGGACCCCACAACUCCUCCUCAGGAGAGAUUGCUGUAAUCAGCAUGGAGAACUUCACGCUGCUUUCCAGGGUGAGGAAUAAACCCUACGAUGUGUUUGGCUGCUGGUUGAAUGAAACCAACUUGAUAUCUGGCAAUCUGCAUCGGAUUGGGCGUAUAACCUCCUGCUCUGUGCUGUGGCUGAACAAUGCUUUCCAGGGCAUAGAAUCCGAGAAUGUGAAUGUAGUGAAGAGACUGUUCAAAAUCCAGAACCUGAACGCCAGCACUAUCCGGACGGUGAUGGUGGCCGACUGCAGCCGCUACGAUUCGCCAGACCUGCUCCUGGACUACGAGGAGCAGCUCGCUGCCUCCUCCACCUCCACCUGCCGCGUCUUUGAUCUUGGCAGUGACAGCGAGGAAGAGGAGGCCAAGCCCAAGCAGCCUCCAGAGCCAGCAGUACAGGAAUUGCUGGAUGACGGGGGUGUGCCAGCAGAGGAUGGGCUGCAGCAGCUCUUUGAUGAUAUAAUCGAGGGCCGGGUGAGGCCUGCCAUGACCGACACAGAGCUCGAGACAAAGGUGGCUGAGCUGUUUGUACGCAACAGAACUAAACCCCCUGAGCUGAACCUGCUCUCCACAGACAGCAACAGCAAGACAAAGUACUUAAUCUUCACCACAGGAUGCCUCACCUAUUCCCCACACCAAAUAGGGAUUAAAAGGAUCCUGCCCCACCAGAUGACGACUGCUGGCCCAGUGCUCGGGGAGGAGAGGCGCUCGGAUGAGUUCUUUGACUCACUGGAUCAUGUCAUUGACAUCCAUGGGCACAUCAUUGGCAUGGGCCUCUCCCCUGACCACAGGUACCUGUACGUGAACAGCCGAGCCUGGCCCCGCGACUGCGUCAUCUCUGACCCCAUGCAGCCGCCCCCCAUCGCCGAGGAGAUCGACCUGCACGUGUUCGACCUGAAGACCAUGAAGGAGGUGAAGAGAGCCCUGAGGGCGCACCGGGCCUACACACCCAACGAGGAGUGCUUCUUCAUCUUCCUGGAUGUCAGCAGGGACUUCGUAGCAAGCGGGGCAGAGGAUCGCCACGGCUAUAUCUGGGACCGGCACUAUAACAUCUGCCUGGCCAAGCUGCAGCACGACAACGUGGUCAACUCGGUGGCGUUCAGCCCAAUGGAGCAGGAGCUGCUCCUCACCGCCAGUGACGACACCACCAUCAAGGUGUGGCGCUCCCCUCGUGCUGUGCGCAGCCGACAGGCUUGGAGGCCCCGGCCCAGGAAACUGCUCUUCUCCUGGCUCUUGAACCAGAAAAGCUGAACCCGGCUCCACCCGCACCUGCAGCUUCUCACUGCAGCCACCUCUGGAGCCUGCAGAGCUUCGAGCCCUCUGCAAGAGACGAGCUCUGGGCACUGAAUCCCAUCUGCUGAGUCAGGAGGGGCCCUGGUAGCGGGAAUUGCUUCCUCCUUGGAGCGUCUGCUUCAGAGACAGAAUGUAAGAGCCAAGGGCCUGCUCCUGGGCCCCACGGGCGCAGCCUGAGCUGAUCAGUGCAGGGUGGGCUCCCCACAGCUUCUCACAAACGCUACUACUUCGUAACAGCUUGCUCAGGGUGAGCUCUGGUCUCCAAGAA